AUGAACGAUUCAAGACGAAGAGUGUUUCACCUCUGGAAGUUGUCCCUGCCUCGAUCAAAGCUCGGGGUAAAACCCACGUACCUCUAUAAUUUCAUCGCUCCUGCUUGCCAUUCGAGAUCUAGCAAAAAAUUGCUCAUUGGUAACAGCAAUGUAAUGGCCAGCCGGAUAGAUAAUUCGUAUGAAACACUCGAAUAUAUGAGCUAUCGUCACGUCUAACUGAUGAAUGAAGAAGUACAAAAAGAUGAUGACAGCAAGGGCCGUCGCCAGACGCUGAAACGAAGCUGCAGUGGGAACCUCGAAAUGGCUCAUUUCGUUGAUAAUAUUAUAACUAUAGACUGUGUAUAGCCAUAAGGACGAAAAAUAUCGUUGACUUACGGGAUACUUUUCGUAAAAAUCUUUUAGAGCAGCAUAUAGGGAUUUGGCGGAAUAUGCAACUCUUGGAGUCCAUAAUUGAGUCGAACACGAUGAAGAGCGUCUGCUGUAUGUACGAGCUGAGUACUGUGAGCCACGUGAAGAUCGCCUCCUACUACGCGAACGACUGCGACUACGUUGACUUCUUCUGGAACGGGAUCGCCUUGGUGCACUUGAACGCCUGGAUGAUCGACGUGAGUUUUCGCUGAAUGGUUCCGGUUCCAACACACGUUGCUGGAAUACUGCUGGUUCUUCAUAAGGUGAUUUAGGCGUUUGUACUGGUUCUCCAGGUGGUUCUGGUGGUACGACAAUCACGUCGUGCUCAGUAUUCAAUAUGGCUGUGUGAAAACUUUCCGAGUGUAUUACGCAUUCGCUUGUUGCUAGUGGUGGCGGUAGUCCGUGGACGGGACAAUCCGAUCGAUAUCCACCCUCGAAGAUCGCUCGACUUUCUCGUGACUCCUGUCUAACUGGACGCCAAAUUGAGUGUGUUGAUCCAUGUACAGGGCACAUCGAAUAUGCCGAACCUCUUCGAUAUCCGUCGUAAUUGCUGUCCAUUCCAGCAGGUUCACGCCACACAUGCUCUCUUAUCUGGUAAUCGCUGGGUUCAAUCGGACCAUCGUCCAGUAUCAAAUGGCUAUCCACUUGUGA